AUGAUUAUUUUAACUAUAUUGAUAUGGAAGAGUGUGGCUAACAAAUCGAUUUCGAAUAAUUAGGGCAAUUUGGCAGAGAACAAUAAAAUUGUACUUUUAAUGAUUAUCAAAGCUUAAAAUGGGCAAUAGUUUAUUUAAAUAGUCGAUCCCAAUAAUAUUGAAGAUUCAGGAUUUGUGUUUCUGUUGUAAGAAGCAAGCACCUCUCAAUUAGAAGAAGCUAUGUUGCAAGAUGUUUCCAUGUUUUUCAAUCGAGAGGCCAAGCUGUAUAAUUACCUUGCCAAUUUAUUUCAAUUGACGGAUUUAGACAUGCAAGGUGCCCCUGAGUACAUUAAUCAAUUAACUAAGUUAUUGAAGAUGUUCUUCUAAAUUCAUGAAGUGGGAUAGCAUUCAGAGUUUUCAUAUUAAUUAGCAUAAUAAUAUGGUUUAAAAGAUUUUAAGACAGGAUAUCCUUUUGGAUUCCUAAUUAAUAGUGAUCAAUCAUUGAUUCUUCUCUUGUUGAAGAUUAUUUUAAGUGAAGAAAUCUUAAAUAAGGAAAAUGAUUUCUUCUCUCAAAUUAGAAUGUAUUUGCCAAGAUAUUUAAUAUUUUCAAUGAAUCCCCCCAAGCCAUUUAUAAGUAGAACUCAAUUGCAAUCAUUGCAAAACUGUGUAGUCAAUAAAGUCAAUAACGAACUCUUUGAAACAAAUUUCGAAAGACCCUACAAACUAGAUUUGUUGGCAUUGUCAUAUUUCUCAGAUCCAUAAUUAAAUUUUCAGUUGUUUAAAGAAACAGUCGAUAUACUGAGAUCUAUCCUUGAGAGGUAACCAUAUCAAUCCAUAUCUAAUAGUCUUUUGGAGCAGAAGAAUUCUUAAACGGAUAUAAAUAGAGAAAUCCAGAACUUACUGCAAUUUUUCUUGGCAUUUACAACCAAUCAAGAAAUAUUGAUAUCCUUUUUCAAACUCAACUUACACAAGACCCUCUAUAAUAAUCUGAGAUUAUGCUAGCCAAUCUUUGGAUGCAACAAUCCACCUCUCUGGUCCAAAGAACCUUUAAUAAUUGAGCAAAUAGUAACUUUGAUUGUGAGAAUUAUGAGUUCUGAUCAAGUGGAUCAAUAAUUCAUUGACAUUCUCCAUGAAGAUUUCACUUUUUUUUUGAAACACCAGAAAUUAGAUCUCAUAUACAAAGUUCUCUUGCCUAUUUUGAAUAGUGAACAAGGCAAAUUGGUACCUGUUUGUUUUCAUCCCAAAUUGAGUGUGUCUGAGAGUAAGGCUGAAACUGAGAAGUUCCUCUCAAAUCAAACCAAAACUAUGGCAGGAUCCUCGACAUUAGUUACUGAAUUGCUAACUAGAAAUCAAUGCGAUAAAAUAACUUAAUUAGUAUAAGACAAUCUCAACAAAAAUAUCCAGAAGUAAUAAAUUCCGAAUAAAAUCAAAAAUGAAUAGGUCUAGAUGGAACUAGAGUUUAAUGAUUAAGCAAUGUAAGAUCUAUUUUAAGAGGAUGUUUAAUGGGAGAAAUUUUAGUUUGAACCCCAUAAUGUGGUUUAGUAAAAAUAGCCAAUUCCUCUUCAAUAAAAUAUUAUCAUCAAUGAAAAUCAGAGACAAAUUGCAGGUUCUUGGAUUCAUCUGCAUUCGUUUAGUGCAUUCAAUCCUCAUUUUGAUUCUUAAAUUCUGACUAAAGUAUUAGACAAUAGAACUAAUGUAUUAUUCAUUUUUGAAAUGAUGGUAGGUUAAGAGAAUGUCAAGCUUGUAUGUUUUGUGAAUCAUUUAAUUUAAGAUGGAAGGAGAUAAAAUUAUGUAUAGGCGAGAUCAAACGAUUCUUCCUUUUAUGUAAUGAUGGUGUAAGAUGAACAUUUCUGGCAUGUGAAUGCAUUGGAUGGGAAGCCUCAUGUCUUAUUAGAUAUUUAACAACACAUGGUUCAGAUCAGUCAUCAUAAUGAGCCCAUUGCUUGUAUUAACUUCUCUGAUUUUCAGUAGAGUAAGUUUGGAUUUCCAUUUAAAAAUUUGCAAGAGAAGACCCUCUUAAUGGAUCAAAUUAAUGCUGCUUUGUAGGGCUUAGAGUGUUAUUUGUUAUAGAUAGCAAUACACACUUUUGAUGUUAAUAAAGAUAAUUUAUUUGAAGAUGAUGUUCAAUCAUUGAAAAAGAAGUACGAGAAACAUAUGAAUUAUUACUAUUCUUAAUUGAGAAUGCAAAACAUUCAAUUUAUUCCUCAAACAGUAAGUGGCAAGGAAUUGAGUUAGUUGUUGGAUGAGAAUCUAGAAAUCGAGUAAUUGAAAGAGUAUUCUAUCAAUGAUAUCAAUGUGAUUAAGCCAGUUACUUAAUAAAUAUAGAUUAAAAGUAAAUAAUAGAAGCCAUUGUUGACUUAUUUUGAAUAGAAGAUAGGUGGUAUAUUCAUGAUAUUGGAUUAUGUUAAGAAGUAUUUAGAUUAAGUGUAGGCAGAGAAGUAAUAUAAAGAUUUGGUAAACGAAUUGGGCAUUUUGUGUUAGAUUGAGGGAUUUCAAGAAUAGAUUGUUUAAAGUGAAGGGUUCUUGCAGCAAUUAUUGGCAUUGGCUUAUUUGAAUAAGAAGCAAGAGUGUAAGGAGAUCUACCAGAAGAUCAAUUCAUUGGUUUAUUCACAAUUGAUUCAGUUGUUGUAGGAGAAACCAUACCUUAAGAUAGUUGUGAUAUUGGAGCAUAAACUCUUGGAGAAGAUAGUGAGUAAGACAGAAUAACAAUUGAAUUUGAUGAGUCAAAAUGCUCAACCUUAGGCAUAGGUGAAAUUUGAAUAGCCCAAGAUGCUCUUAAUGAAGAAGCAGGCUGCUAAUUAAGGAAAACCUAAGGGUAUUGGAUAUGGAGACAUUGAAUACAAGGGAUUCAAAUAUAUUAACGAGUAAUAGCAAUUCAAUUUAUAGCAAUAAAAAUAGUAAUAAGAACCAAUUGUGAAUUAAUUGGAGAAGAAAUUUAAUGAUCAAGACAUAAAUUUGGAGAAUCUCUUAAAUUGUAUAAUCCAAUUGUUGGAUCUUUAAUUUAUAAAUGCAGGACUACUUGAUUCUAUCCAAUAAUCUAAAAUAAUCGACUUAUUGAUUAAAUAUUUGUAGAAUGUCAACAUAACAACAUUGGAGGGUUCAAAGACAUUUAGUCAGAUCUUAUAGAUAAUAGAAUGUUUAGCUUAAAGAGAACUAACAUUGCAAUUAUUCAUAUCAAAAGAAAAUACCUGUUUGUUCAGAUAGAUGGAGUCCUUCAAUCAAUAAGUAAUAAUGUUUAUUAAGACAUUCAAUUCUAAAAUAGAAGAACUAAAUAAAUUUUUAACCUUGUAUCAAUAUGUGGAAAACUGUUUGUAUGCUACCAGACUCAUAACUAUAAAAUACCUAUCCUAAGAUUAAUAGAAUAAUGUAGAUGUUAAGAUUAAUAUGCAUCAAUUUUAUCGACCCUUUAUGAAAAGAUUGGCAGUUGGAAAGUGUGAGAUAAAGACUGAUGCAGAUUAUCUGUCCCAUAUGAAAGAGUACUAUUAAUAAACGAACAAUCCAUCACAAAAUAAGAUGUAGAAACUAGUCUCUGAAAUAUCAACAAUCGAAGAGAAUCUACCCCUUGAAGCAACCAAUUCCAUCUUCUUAAGAUAUGAUACCGAUAGAAUGGAUUGUAUGAGGACCAUCAUUUUUGGUGCCAGUGGUACACCUUAUGCCCAUGGAGCAUUCUUGUAUGACAUGUUUUUUGGAGAUGAUUAUCCCUAAAGACCUCCAAAGAUGAAGUUGGCAACAACCGGACAUGGCAAAGUAAGAUUUAAUCCCAAUUUAUAUAAUUGUGGAAAGGUGUGUUUGAGUUUACUUGGUACAUGGGGUGAUAAUUGGAUUGCUAAUUUCUCUACAAUUUUAUAGAUAUUGGUUUCAGUUCAAUCUAUGGUGAUGAGUGAAUAUGUUAUGUUUAAUGAACCAGGAUGGGAAUCUUAGAUGGGAACUCCUAAUGGUGAAUAGGCCAAUAGAGGAUAUUGCAAUUUCAUUAAGAUUUAGAAUAUUAGAUAUGCUAUGGUAGAAUAAUUACAGAAUCCACCCAGAGGAUUCGAAGCAGUAAUAAAGAAGAGUUUCUAUUUGCGUAAGGAAUUGAUAAUGAAGGAGAUUGAAUUAUGGGUAGAAUAAGCGAAUUUGCCAGCCACUUACAAUCAAACUUAGAAUCAAUGUAUUUACACUCAAUAACCAUAACAAUACAAACAAGAUCUAAUUAAGGUAUAUGAUGAAUUGAUGGUGGAAUUGGAGAAAUUGAAAUUCAAUAUUGGAAAGGAUUUCCAGACCAUUUCAAAUGAGAAGAAGAAGGAAAUCACCUUUAAUCUAGACUAUAAGUAAUAACAAUAACAAUAAUUAACCAAUAAAAAGAUAAUGCCUUAGGGUUUGAAUAUCAAUGAUAUUGACAUUAGUUAUAAUAACAAUGUGCAAUAAAGACAGUUUGAUUCAAAUGAUCAGAAUCUACAGAAUUUGAUGAGUAGAUAUAUAGGAGUUGUGGGUCUGGAUGCAGUCAAGAAACAAAGUGAAUCCACUAUUUUCAUCCAUACUUUGAAUGGCCUAGGCAUUGAAAUAGCAAAGAACAUAGUGUUAUCAGGUGUAAAGAGAGUGAUCCUAUUCGAUCCUUGUCUAGUCCAGAUGAGUGAUUUGGGCAGUAAUUUCUAUUUGACAGAAUAGGAUGUGAAUAAAAGAAGAGAUUUUGGUGUUUUAAAUAAAUUGAAGCAUCUGAAUCCAUAUGUCAAAAUUGAUGUUCUCUAAAACAGUCUAGACGAAUUGAAUUUAGAUGAGAUCUAAGUGUUUGUCACUUAGGAUCCAUCUAUUGCAAGCAUAGCAUCCAAUUAAAAUAAACUUGCAGUUGUCUUGGCACAAACACGGAACAUUUUUGUCAGAAUUAUAACUGAUUUUGGUAAUGAAUUCACAGUGGUUGACAAAGAUGGUGAAUAAUCGUCAGAAGUCAAUAUUGAGAAUAUAUCUAAUAAUGUUGUAACUUUGUUUAAGAAUCAAAAUCAUAAUCUAACUGAAAAUGACUUAGUACUUAUUUAAGAAGUCAAAUAAGAAUAAGGCAUUGGAGAGAGUUACAAUUAAGUAUUCUAAAUAAAGAAUGUUAAAAGAUAAUCAUUUGAAUUAGUGACUAAUAGAGUAUUUACUAAUUAUGUUAGUCAUGGUAUAGCUUAUCAAUAGAAAUAACCGAUUAACUUAUUGUUUGAUAGAAUCUAGAAGGUAAUUGGCUCAUUCGAUCAUUAUUGCGAUAAUGUUGGAACUUUUGAUGGAAUUGAUAAAAUUAAAAGGGACAUCAUUCAUUUCUGUUUGAAUACUACUACAAAUGAUUAAUUGACUGACAAUUGGGAUGUUGAAAAAAUUAAAAUGUUCAUACUCUCAAUGAGACAAUAAAAUCUAAGAGAAAUCCUCAAUCUUAAAUACCAAGAAGAUGUGCUUUAUAAAUAUCAAGAAGAGUUAAUAUCAUUGUUGACAUUAUUGUCAAUCAAUACACAAUUCCAACCUUUAUGUGCUUUAAUUGGUGGAAUAGCAGCCUAAGAAGUGUUGAAAGCCAUAAAUAAAAAGUAUACUCCAAUCCAUUAAGUCUAUGUGUAAUCAUUUGAAGAUGUGCUUCCAUUUAAAUUGACUGAACUUAAUUUUGCCCACAUUGGUCCAUCAAACAAUCUUGAAAUCAAUUUGAAUAAAUACCAAGAAUGUAUGUAAAAGUUCGGAUUCAAAUCGUAUUAAAAUACAAGAUAUAAUGAUUUGGUCAACACCGUUGGAAACACACAAAAAAUAUUCAAUGCUGACGUAUUUGUAGUUGGAGCUGGAGCCAUUGGGUGUGAAUUGCUUAAGAAUUAUGCAAUGUUAGGUGUUAGUAAAUCUGGAAAAAUAUAUGUCACUGAUCCAGACAUCAUUGAAAAUUCAAAUCUAAGUCGUUAAUUCCUCUUUAGAGAAAAACACAUUAGAAAACCUAAAAGUUUGACUGCAGCUGCCGUUGUCAAAUAGAUGAAUCCAGAUAUCAAUGUAGUGGCAAGAUUAGAUAAGGUAUGUCAAGAGACUCAAGACAUCUAUCAUAAUGGCUUCUACACAUAAAUGAAGUGUGUGACAAAUGCUUUGGAUAAUGUAUAGGCUAGAUUGUUUAUUGAUUCUAAAUGCGUUGAAAAUAAAGUGUCUUUAAUUGAAAGUGGUACCUUGGGACCAAAAGGACAUGUAUAAUCAAUUAUCCCUGAAGUUACAGAAAGCUAUGCAAGCAAAUAGGAUCCUGAAUAAAACAAUGACAUACCCUAUUGCACUUUGAGAAUGUUCCCAGAAUCCAAUAUCCACUGUUUAGAAUGGGCACGUGAUAAAUUCGAAUAGUAUUUCUUUAGAAAACCAUAAGCUUUGGUGCAAUUAAUGUAGGAUCCCUCUCCAUAAUAAUAAACUGUUGACUUGGCCAUCAAAGUGUUAAAGAAGUACCCUACGACAUUUUAGUAAUGUGUAUAAAUGGGAAGGCUGAAAUUCCAAAAGCUCUUCAACAAUGACAUCAUGGCCUUAAUGAAUGCCUACCCCAUUAAUUCUGUAACCAAAGAAGGCAAAUUAUUCUGGGCUCCUCCCAAGAGACCUCCUAAGCCCAUAGAAUUCUAUGGAGAAUCUGCCUUCAAAUUUGUUGAGGACUUUGCUCUAUUAACAGCAUAAAUCUACAAUAUUGCAAUUCCCAAUUAAUAUGAUUUGAAUCUCUUACUGUAGAACUUUUAGAUUCCUAAGAUGGACAUAAAAAAGAAUAAGAUUCAAGAGAUAGUCGAAAAAUAAGAUAAAAAUAAUUAACAAUAGUAGAUGGAAGUGGAAGUCAAAAAUUAUGAUCAGCUUAUUAAAGAAGCAAAAAAAUUAUUGAGUAAGGUUAAACCAAAAUUGCCAUAGCCUUAACAAUUCGAAAAAGAUGACGACACUAAUCAUCAUGUAUCCUUCAUUACUGCUGCCACUAAUGGUAGAGCAAUUAAUUAUGGUAUCUAAUAAGUUGAUUGGAUGUGGACCAAAUUAAAAGCAGGAAGAAUUAUUCCAGCCAUGGCCACAACGACUUCAUGCAUUGCUGCUCUACAGACUUUGGAAUUGAUUAAGAUUCUCUUGAAUUCAUCUUAGUAUAGAAAUACAUUCUUAAAUCUUGCCAUUCCAUUUAUGAUGUAGAGUGAACCAGGAGAAGUUGAGAAGUUUUAAUUGAAAAAUGGAUUAGACAUAUCAAUCUGGACUAAGUUGAAACUCGAGGUUAAGAGAUUGACUGAACCAUUACAAUAUAUAGUGAAACAAAUAGAAAAUAUGGUAGGAGAAGAAAUAAAGAGUCUUUAAUAAGGGGCAAAAGUGUUCUAUAUGAAAUAGAUGUUACCGAAAGAUGACGAAGAAAGAUAUAAUUAUAUCAACACUCCAAUUUACCAAUGCAUAUAGUUUAUUAAUGAUUCAACAUAAAUAAAUGUACAAAUAAGUGACAACAAAUCGUUAUUAGUGCAAAUCACUUUGGUUUGAUUUAUAAAAUGAUAUAUUUCUGUUAGUUAUGAAAUAUUUAUCUA